CCGGAAGUGCCAGUGCUCAGACAUGGCGGAGUACAGCCAGACCGGCCUGCUGGCGGCUCUGCUGCUCUUUACUUCUCUCACGCUGCGGGACCUCAGCAGAACCGGGACCGAACCCGUUCACACCGGCAACGUGCUCCGGUUCCAGUACUGUAUCUCCUGAGGGUACUCUAAGGUGUAUCAGGAGUAUUCUCGCGCCAUCAGUCAGAUUUAUCCAGACAUCCGCAUCGAGGGAGAGAACUACCCCCCCGCCCCCCUCAACAGGUGUUUGGGCAGCCUGAUGUCGUACCUGAAGGUCGUCUCCAUCUUGCUGAUCGUCAGCGGUCAGAACGUCUUCGUGGCGCUCGGCGUCGACACGCCUCGAGCCUGGACCUGGAGUCAGGACAACAAGAUCUUCUCGUGUCUGAUGGCGUUCUUCUUCUGCAACAUGCUGGAGACGCACUUCCUGUCCACCGGAGCCUUCGAGGUCACGCUGAACGACGUGCCGGUCUGGUCCAAGCUGCAGACCGGGUCGGUACCGAACCUGCAGGAGGUCUUCCAGAUCCUCAACAAGCACCUGAAGAACCAGGUGGACCCAACCAGCCCCCCCUAGAGCUGCUCAGGCCCGGUGGACUCGGUCUCGUUCUGGUCUUAUGAAGGUUCGGCUCUAAAGCUCUGCGGGUCGGACCGGAUGCUCCGCUAGAACCCUACCCACAAUGCACCUGGACACCUGCAGCACUACCCACAAUGCACCUGGACACCUGCAGCACUACCCACAAUGCACCUGGACACCUGCAGCACUCCACUACCCACAAUGCACCUGGACACCUGCAGCACUACCCACAAUGCACCUGGACACCUGCAGCACUCCACUACCCACAAUGCACCUGGACACCUGCAGCACUACAGUACCCACAAUGCACCUGGACACCUGCAGCACUACCCACAAUGCACCUGGACACCUGCAGCACUACCCACAAUGCACCUGG